CUCCCCUCCCCCAGUCUUCCCCGCUUAAGCCAGUGCUCACCUUCCUAGUCUCAAAAGCUUAACCAGAAGAUCAAGAAGAAGAUCGGCUAGCCAUGGCUCUUAAAAUCAAGACUCUUGUUCUUCUUCUCCUCAUACUCCUCAUUCCCUUGUCUGGUAUGGUUGAAGGCUUCAAGGAUCGCAUGAAUCCCAAUCAUCACUCACUUUACAAGGAUGGUAAUCGAAUGAUGAAGUACAACUACUACUCGAGGAAGCUUCAAAAGCUUGAUUCGCUGCUGGAUUAUGAUGAUGCAGGACCUAAUCCCAAGCAUGAACCUAAUCCUAGGAAGAAUAGACCUGGAGGUAGCAGGAACCCUUAACUACCUUAAUUCCGGGACCUUUACUCUAUAUUAUCAUAUAUAUAUAUAUAUAUAAAUAUAUAUAUAUAUAUAUAGAUAAUGAUAUAUAUAUAUAUAUAUAUAUAUAUA